UUGAAGCUCUGGUGGCUGAUACUAUAGUCUUGCCUUGGAAGAGCGAGCUAGUGUGCUUUGGCAGCUAGUGUUAUACUUCCAGCGAUUAUCUUGUUGUUCAGAGCACAAUUAAAUCUGUGAUUUUUCUGAACAUUUUUUUAUUUUAUUUUUUCUAUUUGGUGGAUUUAUUGAACAUCUGGAGAGGAGAUGAGCCGGAGAGAGCUGAGACGGCUCCUGGAGGACCAGCGAACCUGGAGCCGUCAAGGAGAUCAUGAUGAGUCAUCCCAGACAGUGUUUGAGGAGAGGCUGCGGUCUGAGCGACGCAGAGGUGCAACAAGAGCUGGUCAGAACACCCAGGAACAUCCAACCAGCGGAGAAACAUCUCGGCUACAGAGACCUCAGAGGGAGCACAGAGACCGAAGCCGCUCUCCUCUUCCUACUCCUCCGGUAGCAACAACGGACAGACCAAGCUCAGAUCCUCGCCCUGGUCCAAGCUCCCAGCAACCAGCUGAGAAUGAGCAGAGUCUUCCCGCCAUGGUGAUUGAGAUCAACGUGCAGAAUCUCCCGGCCAUGAUGAUAGAGGUUGUCGAGGAGAAUCUCCCGGCCAUGAUGAUAGAAAUUGACGAGGAGAAUCUCCUGCCCAUCUUGGAAGAGCUCUACGGAGUCCCAAUGACCAUUACUGCAGAGGAAGCAACACAAUCGUGUGUUAUCUGUCUGAUGGAGUACGAAGAAGGGGAGCCAGUGAUCGUCCUGCCCUGCAGCCACAGGUACCAUCCAACCUGCAUAUCACAGUGGCUUGAAACAAAUCUCAGCUGUCCUGUGUGCCGCAGAGAGUGCAUCCCGAGGCCGAUCGUGUUUUGGAUCUCCUGAGUACGGCAGGAAGAGGAAGAUCUAAAUCACCAUCUUCUCUCCAUUCCGUACCAUCUCCUCCACUGUCCAGUUCCAUCAGCCAACUGCUAUAUCUCCUGUACUUCUACCACCCUCCUGCGGCCUAGGCUGGACAUAUCCACAGACUCCAUCACCACACUGGGCCUGAUUUAGGUCCUGACGCUGUAGCGGAGCAUGCAGUCAAGUACUGAUGUUCGGUACCUUGCACAUGUGCCGGACCCAUGCAUGUGCAGUACAGGUCUAUGGCGUUGGUCAUACUAUGGUAUUAGAUUAUCAGUGAUUGACGGUCUGAUGCCGCGUGAGGACGGGGAACGGGCGGUAACAGCCUCAGUUUCUCUAAAUGGAUUUGUGUCGCCGCCGUUGUUGGGGAGGGAUGGGGUUAGGAUCUCCGUCUGAGGUUGGAGAUUUCCUGCCCCUUCAAAGUAGAUGAGGUGGAUGACUUCCAUGACUCCUUGGGUCACUCGGCCUGCUUCCAUGUAAGCAGCGCGAUAGAUCCGUCCACAUAUGAAUCAGGCUCACUGUGCUCCUACCGGCCAGUGGCCAUCUUAUGUGUGGCACUGUGGAUAUUCUAUGCAUACCCCACAGCCGUCCUACUUUGGACAGGAUAGGCCCGCUUUUCGGGAAAUGUCUGGCUGUCCCACCCAUGGUGCACACUGUUCAUGGGUGGAGGGGGGGAGGGUUUGGGGGAGCACUCUCACCCCUGCUCUGCAUAGCAUAGAUGCCACACGCCCAGAACCCACCAGGGCCUGAUUCAGAGAUGGAUGCAGAUCAUACAGUAGCUGCGUCUAUGAAGGCAGCUGCUGAAUGAAAAUAUACUAAUGGCAAAGGAGGCGUCUUGUACAAUCAGACAUCAGCUGAUGGCAUCUGAUCCACUGCUGUUCUAAGCAUUGUACCAUCUGCAUGAACAUCGGUCAUCUGAGUAACCCUCAGGCCUCUUUACGCCAAAAAAAGGGUCCAACAUCAGUGGCGGAACUUGAGAGUGGUGGGCCCAGGUGCAAAAAUAUGCUCUGGGCCCCUCUUCUCCGCCCUACGGGAGAUGCAGUGGGUGACAGCGGGGAGAGGCUGUGGGUGAUGGGAAGAUGUAGAGGGAGACAUUGGAAAUCAAAGGGUGACAGGGGUAGGCAGAGGGUGAUGGGGAGAAGCAUAGGGUGACAGAGGAAGGCAGAGGGAGACCAGGAGAGGAAGAGAGUGACGGAGAGGCAGUGGGUUGGUUAUAGCAGAAGGCAGAGGUUGACAGGGAGAUAGUGGGUGAGAAGAAAGUGACAGACAGGGAGAGGGUGGCAUGGAGAUAGUGAGUGACAGGGAGAUAGUGGGUGAGAAGAAGACAGUUGGUGACAGGGAGAUAGUGACAGACAGGGAGAGGGUGGCAUGGAGAUAGUGAGUGGCAGGGAGAGGGUGACAGGGUGAUGGUGAGUGGCAGGGAGAGGGUGACAGGGUGAUGGUCAGUGGCAGGGAGAGGGUGACAGGGUGAUGGUCAGUGGCAGGGAGAGGGUGACAGGGUGAGGGUGGAAGGCAGGGAGAGGGUGACAGGGUGACGGUGAGCGGCAGGGAGAGGGUGACAGCGUGAUGGUGAGCAGCAGGGAGAGGGUGACGGUGAUGGUGAGUGGCAGGGAAAUGGUUACAGGGUAAUAGUGAGUGGCAGGGAGAGGGUGGCAUUAAGAUAGUCGGUGAAAGGGAGAGGGCGACAGGGUGAUAGUGACAGGGAGAGAGUGGCAUGGAGAUAGUGGGUGACAGGGAGAGGGUGACAGGGUGAUAGUAUCAGCGAGGGGAUAACAGGGUGAUAGUGACAGGGAGGGUGUGGCAUGGAGAUAGUGGGUGACAGGGAGAGGGUGACAGGGUGAUAGUAUCAGGGAGAGGAUGACAGGGUGAUAGUGACAGGGAGAGGAUGACAGGGUGAUAGUGACAGGGAGAGAGUAGCAUGGAGAUAGUGGAUGACAGGGAGAGGGUGACAGUAACAGGGAGAGUAUGACAGGAUGAAUGUGGGUAACAGGGUGAUACUGAGUGGUAGGGAGUGGGUGGCAUGGAGAUAGUGGGUGCUUGGGGAGGCAAUAGAUAAAAGCAAUGAUGUGGCUGCAGGCAACGUCAUUCUCAAGUUUGCUUACAUUACUUCUGUGUCCAGGUUCAGAUCAGAUCGGCGUCGCUUGGCUGUGAGAUGGGCUGGGCUGUCUCUACAUGCAGUGGCAGGGCUGGCCUCCAUCCAAUCAUCUUGGCUGCGAUGCAGGGGCGGCUCUAGACUUUACUUUUAGGGGGGGGAGUUAAAUUAUUUAUCCUGACUCCUCCCCUUUACAGUGUCCUUUACGGUGACCUGGGCCAAGAACCCAGCAUCACUCCUUAUAUGCGGUUCAGGCCUAUGGGCCUUCCUACUUGUGGGGUCUCAAACUAAUAGGGCUUAGUACCCCCUAACUGGCUACAGGCCUCAGGUCUGACUUUCAGCUACGGGCCUAGAGCCCGCCUACCAUGGGGCAGAUUGGGUAAUGUGGGCCUAAUGCCCAGGGGCCACACUUAUCUGAUAGGGCCUAGUGCCCUCUGACAUGCCCACAUGUCUAAGCCUGAACUGAGCCACAGGCCUAGUGCCUGACCUCUGUGCCCGGGGCCAAAGGACCCACCUAAUGUGCCACAGGCCUAGAGUCUGAUUUGACUCCACGGGCCUAAUGCCUGAUCCCUGGUGGUCUAGUGGACAUGGGGGUGACAUGCGCACCUGAGGUCCUACCUGCCCAGCUGGAGAAGCGCUUCCCAGUCCUCAACUUCUGUCUUUGGCCGCCGCCCCUUCUCCUUGUUCAGCCGGCGCUGGAUGGCAGCAUAUUCAGGCCUUUUCUGCGGCCUUAGGAACUGCUCCUGCAGCGUCCUCUUCACUCUCCGGCUGCCGUGAUCCCUUCUUCUUUCUUCCAUGCCGUCCGUUAUCUUCGGCUCCCAGCAGGGGUAGCCCAGCAUCUCUAGAAAUGCUGGGCACACCCCCAGAGUGUUGCCCCUUCCCAAGCUCCUGCCAAUCCUACAGGGGGUUUCUUCAAACAAACGUCUAUCAGACAUUAGUGCUUAUAACACUGUUGUCAUCUUGGUAAAGACGCCGCACAGCGUAGAAACGCGUAGAAACAGUGUUGGACACUGGCCUGACAGCCAAAAUCCAUAUUUCUGAACCCACUGCGUAUUGAUACCCAGGUUACAUCUUCCAGUGGAUUGUAUAUAAGAUCAUUAUGGUAUGGUUGUCUUGUCCAAUUGUAUGUAAUUAUCACUUCUAAUAAAUACUUUUGGAUUUUAAUAUGGUUCUUUCUGGUUCCAUAUAUAUGUUAUGAGAGACAUCAGUCCCUAUC